AUGUCCAACGAAACGGUCGAAGAAGGGCAUGUCGCCGCAGGCACUGGACACAAUGAAAACCGCUCGACCUUGUACAAGAUAUGGACGAAUUCUUGGUUUCAGAUCAUCUUAAUCAGUUUCAUAUGCUUCUGCUGCCCAGGAAUGUACAAUGCCCUCAGCGGGCUGGGAGGUUCCGGUCAGGUUGACCAGACCGUCGCUGCGAAUGCUAAUGUUGCUCUCCUGGCUUGUACUGCGGGAACUGCUCUUUUCGUCGUCGGCCCUAUAUUCGAUCGUGUUGGACCCAGAGUUUGUCUCUUGCUUGGAGGAUGGACCUAUGCAUUGUAUUCCGGCAGUCUCCUGUGUUUCAACGCAACCAAUAACGGCGGAUUCGUGAUCGGCUCUGGUGCCAUUCUCGGUGUAGGGGCAUCUUUCUUGUGGGUUGCACAGGGUGCGAUUAUGACGACCUACGUUCCCGAGUCACAGAAGGGUCGCGCAAUCGCAGCUUUCUGGAUUAUCUUCAAUCUUGGCGGUGGCGUCGGGUCUCUCGCUAGCUUCGGCCUCAACUUUAAAUCGACGACCGGAACUGUCAGCGACGCAACAUAUAUUGCUUUGCUUACCAUCAUGGCCUUCGGAUGGGCGCUGGGGACUCUCAUCUGUCCACCAUCGUAUGUUAGAGUUGCCCAGAUGGAGGUCACACCGGAGAGCGAGAAGAACUUCCGUCAGAUUCUUCGCCAUUCCCUCCAGACUAUCUGUAACUGGCGGGUGUUGUGUAUGCUGCCCCUCUUCUUCUCGGCCAACGUGUUCUACUCCUACCAGCAGAAUGCUGUGAACGGUAUGAACUUCAAUAUCCGGACUCGUUCGCUCAACGGUUCGCUUUACUGGAUUGCGCAGAUGCUGGGUGGUCUCGUCAUGGGUCUCAUUCUCGAUAUUCCAGGUGUCAGUCGACCCAACCGCGCUCGCAUCGCUUGGGCGUUCUUGUUUGUCACUGGAAUGGCCAUCUGGGGUGGAGGUUAUAAGUUCCAAGUGUGGUCUGAUCUCCGUCUGGAGCAGGGCCUGAAGCAGGAUAUCGAUUACACAGACGCUGAUAUCUCAGUGGGCCCGAUGUUCCUCUACAUCUUCUAUGGCGCCUAUGAUGCGUUGUGGCAAUCAUUCUGCUACUGGCUUGUUGGUGCCCAGUCCAAUUCCCCAGCCACAGCAGCCGUUCUGGUUGGAGCGUACAAGACCUUCCAGAGCACUGGUGGUGCAAUGGCGUGGCGCAUCAACGCCAUGGAGAAACCCGCAAUGACCCAAUUCGCUAUGAACUGGGGGCUUUGCAUGGGCUCGUUGGUUGUCGCUAUCCCGACCGUGCUGGCUAUCACUCUCACCAGUGAUAAAGAAGCAAUAGCAGUUAAUGAGAAGGACUUCCCAGGCGCGGAGGAGCCCCGGGGAGAGGUGGUGAAGACUUGA